CUCCCAUUAUAGAAAGUUGUGAUGCUACAAAACGCGAGCAAUUCUUCAACCAGAUUCCAAUUGACGGCAAGACCCAAUUAUUCUCAAUUUACUAUCAUGGUUGACCCUAAAACACAAACGGGGAGUAUCAUUCCAGGGAUGUACGUAAAAUUAAUUAUUUUCUUUCGUUGCAAUAUCUUGGAUGAACCCGAAGAAACCUUAGUAAUAAAUGUACAACAAGGACGUCCGGUAAUUAUUAAAUUACGUGGAUAUCGAGAUCCGCCAUUAUUCAGAGUGAUUAAUAUCCCCUAUUUCCAACAUCCACCAAAAGAAUUGCCAACAGUUGUGAGAAACACCAAAUGGAUUAUAGAAAUUCCACAUCGACAAACGAAUUCUUGUGAGGAAGUAAUUGAAGAAAGCUUACAGUCUAGCGAUACAUAUAGGAGCGCAUUAAACACAUCUACAGAAAGUAUGACGCGAUAUAGGAAGUCGAAGAGCCUUGAUUGUGGUGAGUGUCUCGUAGGCGAACAAGUUACUUUACUCUUGAUGAUUAAAAAUGUCGGUGGUGAGGGAAGAUUCUUCAUUAUGAGCGAAAUAGAUUGGUGUUCGAUGCACAUCGAGGACGUUACUAAAAAUAAUAUGCUGAUUUUACCAUCUUUCGCCAUAUGGCCAGUGUAUUUUACACUCAAACCACAAGAGCACAUAUAUUUGUAUCUCUACUUCUUUCCUGAUGCUCACGGAAUGCAUGUAAAUUUAUAAUCUUGAUGAAAAAGGAAAAAAACUUGAUAACUUUAUCUUUAUCAGAUAACUCCCCCUGCUUUUCUUUUAUACCUCUUUUCUUUUUUUCUCUAAAAUUAGA